UGUCACAGGUUGUGUUUGACUUUCGAGCGUCAGUGGUGAGCUCCUGUCUCUCAUUCACCGCCUUUUUUUGUGUUUGUUUUGUCUUCUUUUUGGGUCUCACUCACUUCCUCCUGACUUCCUUUUGACUCUGACGAGGGAAAGAAAGAAGAGAAAAAGUACAGCAGGGUUAAAAACGGCACAAAAAACGCUAAAACCAUGUGUUGUACUGGAAAGUGUGCCCGCCUGGUGGGCCUGAUCCUCCUGCCUUCAGCUUUCAUCUGCAUGGUGGCCAACCUGCUGCUGUUCUUCCCCAACGGGAACAGUCUGGACAAUGACCAGAUCUCCCUCCAGGUCUGGCUCAUGGGGGGAUUAAUUGGAGGAGGCCUCUUUAUGCUGUGCCCGAGCUGCUCAGCUAUCAGAGCCGGGGGCAAAGGUUGCUGUGGAAAUGGUUGCUGCGGCAACCGCUGCCGGAUGCUGAACUCUGUUUUCUCCUCUGCCUUUGGUCUCGUUGGAGCGAUUUACUGCACGAGCGUGGCGUCAGCCGGUCUGGCGAUUGGACCAAAGUGCCAGUUAGCUGAUGAUAGCUGGAAUUAUCCCUUUGAGAACAUGGAAGACGGUGGCAGCUACAUUUCUAACGAGACUCUGUGGUCAGCGUGCAAGUUCCCUGAGAAUGCUGUCAUGUGGCACAUCGUGCUGUUCUUCAUCCUCCUGUUCAUCGGCGUGCUGCAGACGGUGCUCUGCGGCAUCCAGGUGGUCAACGGCUGCUUGGGAUGCAUCUGUGGGGACUGUCGGGACAGUAGAGAUGAUGAGAGUGGAUUGUGAAACUGAAAACCUGCUGAAACCGGCCUUCACCAGAAAACAUCUUCAGGGACAAAGGCUUCUAUAAACAAGUUGGCUGAGAUUUUGACACUCUUUGAUACUUUUGUUUCUAAUAUUGAUUCUAUAAUCAUUUUCAAAAGUAUUAAAGGUUUAUUCUUUUGUUUUUGUUUGUCUUAAAUUGUAGUAUUCUUGUAUGUAUUGCCCGACGCUCUUUGGUUGAGGUUUUUUGCUGAAUUAAAAAAUAAUUUCUUGACGAACAUCCAGUAUGUGAAGUUUAAGGAUCAACUUGUAUCUGUAAAUAAUCAUAUUUACUCUGAAGGCAUACAGUGUUUACUGGAUACAUGUGACUCUCCAAUAAAAACUGUGGAUAAAUUGAAAGAAA